GUCACACCCCGCCCACCGGCGCCAUCUUCCAGGACCCGGGCGGGGCCCUGGGCAGAGGGGCGCAGCUGGGGAACGAACGCGGGUUACCGCCCGGACUCCGAACUGGUUUCAGAGGAGGCCUUUCCCAGGGGCCCAGGACUGCCCAAGAGGACAAUGGAGUCUGCAGCUCGCCCAGUUGGUAGCAGUUGUAGCAGCCCUGGAGCACUCUCACGGGAAUACAAACUAGUGAUGCUGGGUGCCGGUGGAGUUGGGAAGAGUGCCAUGACAAUGCAGUUCAUCAGCCACCGAUUUCCAGAAGAUCAUGACCCCACCAUUGAAGAUGCUUAUAAGAUCCGGAUCCGCAUCGAUGACGAGCCCGCCAAUCUGGACAUCCUGGACACAGCAGGGCAGGCAGAGUUCACAGCCAUGCGAGAUCAGUACAUGAGGGCAGGGGAAGGGUUUAUCAUCUGUUACUCCAUCACUGAUCGUCGAAGUUUCCAUGAAGUUCGGGAGUUUAAACAACUGAUCUACCGAGUCCGACGCACUGACGAUACUCCGGUGGUUCUUGUGGGAAACAAGUCUGACCUGAAGCAGCUGAGGCAGGUCUCCAAGGAAGAGGGAUUGUCUCUGGCUCGAGAAUUCAGUUGUCCCUUCUUUGAGACCUCUGCUGCCUAUCGUUACUACAUUGAUGACGUUUUCCAUGCUCUUGUACGGGAAAUACGUAAGAAAGAAAAGGAGUUAGUACUGGCCAUGGAGAAAAAGGCUAAACCCAAAAGCAGCGUAUGGAAGAGGCUCAAGUCACCAUUCAGGAGGAAGAAAGACUCUGUAACCUGAGGGAAGAGCCAAGUGUCUGCUGUGAACUGCAGUGCUCCUCCAAGCAGUCCGUAGUCUGCAACAGUGAGCAUGCUGUUUGCUCUCUCCUGCUAUGUGGUUAUCCUAAACAUCACUGGCGAGGGGAUUUGCCUACUGGGAGUUGUCAUUGACUUACUGUCUAAAGCCCUGUGCUAGGUGACUCUGACUCAUGAACUCAUCAGGGCAGUGUCUACUCCUUAAUUGUCACAUUAGAACUUGGUUGGUCAUUGUUUGGGUUAUGUUGCUGAUGUAAAUUUAUUCGUGUAAAUCGUUUCUACCCGGGAGAGUAUGUGUACCGUGUGCACUUGACUAAGUUUACAACAGAACAUUGUAUUGUAUUCUCGCCACCACCCCUCAGCCUGAGCUUCCUGGUACUGUCUCACAGAAGGACCUCUGCCUUGUGUAGCCACACUGUGAGUCCUGGAGACAGAACAGAGAUUAAGUAGAGAGACUGGCGUUAAAGGUAAGCAGGCAUCUGUGGAGGGGACUCCUGUGCUGGGCCAUGAAGUGAGGGGUUCACACAGGAAGACGUGGCCAGAAACCCGCAGCGUCAGAACAGUGUUCCUACCGGGAGCCCCAGAACGGCACAUGUGACCAAAGCACUCAGGUGGUAAAAAGAGACAGAAGCAUAUUUCUCUCUGAACAUGCUGUUCUUCCUUCCAUGUCUGCCCUUCUUUACCUGUGCCACCUGGUUCUGCAUCUGGGACCAUUGCUAGAUCACUCAAAUCUUACUGAAAGCCUUUGUUGGGCUAGGCAUGUGGCUCACUGCUGUAAUCCUAGUAUUUCUAAGUCUGAAGCAGGAGGACUACCGUGAGUUUGAGGUUACCCUGGACUACAGAAUGAGAGCCUGUCUCGGAAAAACAAAACCACAAGUAAAUAAAAACAAAUUCUUUCUUAGGAUUGCUAUACUGCAGGACUUGUCCCAUUUGCUAUCCCUUGGAAGAGUCAGGCGAGGCCUGCUGGUUUUAGGCCUUUCAUUAGAAAUGCUCUGUUCCCUUGACCUCAGCAGUCCUUAGACUCGGGGCUUGAAGGUGUGUGGAGUCUCUGUCCAAUGGAGCAGUCUUGAAGCUUCAGUACUCACAUGUGUGAACUGGCUUCACAAUCAGAAAUGUCCUGAGAGUUGUCAGAGCAGCCUCAGAGAACAUGCCACUUUGUUCUGUGUGUGAUUGAGAGACUAGUCCUGCAAGAAAUAGCUUUACCUAUUAGUGGUGAAUUCUCUGUCAUGGGGUCAGGAUUCUCCUGCUGUCUGAAUGUUGCCAUGUAGGGCACACUCAGGGCAGUCGUGAUCACUCCAGGCUGGGUUGUUGUCAGCCGCACCUCUAGAAAGCUAUAAUCAGCUUCCUGCACCCCACUGUCAGAGGAAUGGCAGAUCUGUGAUCCAGAGCCCACACAGAGCCUCUGCUGGGCCUUUUACAUUCUGGGUAGUUGUAUUUUGAAAAUCCUGGUAACUUUGCUACUAUGCAAUUUGUGUUUUAAUACUCAAACCAUCAAAAAAAAAAAAAAAAAUGAAAGACCCAGGUUCAAGUCUGUGUAAAACAGAAGCCAUAGCACUUUGGAGAAGCAACAAAGUAGAAAGAAAGUACAGCAGCAACCUCUGAACAAUAGCUCACUGGACAAGGACUGUCAGACUGAAUGCCUUCACUGCUCAGUUCUCACAGUCUGUGGGAUUGUCAGCAGUGCCAAGCAAGGCAGUGCCAGCCACAGUGUUUGAAGAUUGUCAAGGUGAUAGAAAACCCUUGCCAGAAAAGCCUGUAAGAAGGGAUUUGUUCUGUGCAAGGAAAACUGCAGUGUAUGUUUUUAAGGCUAUGCUGUCACACAUUGGAUCCUGGAUAAGCUAGUCACUUAGUUUGCAUUGAGAAUUGUAUUCAUGGUGCUAGGUAGCUUCGGGAGUGCAGUGUGUGCCAGCCUGAGGGCCUCCUCUAUGGUCUGUACAAGCUUUAGGUCAUCAGUAUUGUCCAACCUGAAAGCAUAAAAAUCAAGUAUUCCCUGGAAUUUUGAAGAGAAGAUUCAGUUGAAAAGCACUGAAACUGUUGAAGCCAGAUUAGUAAUUAUAAGUAAUUAUAAUCAGUAGGGAGAUGUGUUUUAACCUGGACAUAUUAGGAAAGUAUUGCGUGUCACCUGGGAAGAGGUUCUUCACGGGCACAUACUUUUUUUAACCUAUAAGUGGGUAGAAAUGUCUAGAAUUUUUUUUUUAAGUACAUUCAGGUUAGAGAGCAUGGGUUUACCUUCAUUUCUUUGUUUACUUAUGAACAUGGUGAGCGCAUUCCAAUAGUUUUGUUGUUAUAUUUCAUUUGUGUGGUGGGAGGUUGCUUGAAAUCUAUCUCAGUGCUUACCUACACGGAACCAGACCCUCUAGAUGGUUUGCCAGUGUCUUCCUCUGAGACUUGAGGGAUGGCAUCCAUGCAAAAGUCAGAGCUCCAAGGGAAGGUUUUAGGGACCUCCUAACCAUUGGGGGGUUCUUUUGGGGUCUUAGCCAAGAACCUGGCUUCCCCAACUGCUCAAACCCCUUCCCCUGUAGCGUCGCCACAGUCCAGUGAGCUGGCUCAGUGGGUAAAUGUGAGCAAGGCGAAGGUAGAGACUCAGCCUCUAACCUGACUACGAUUUCAGGGAUCCACCAGGAAGUCGUCAUCUGUCUUUUAUAUGCUGUCAUGUGCCCUGAUUCCACAAAAUAAAUAAAAGGAUGUUAAAAAACA